GGCAGUGGGGUGGGAGAGGAAACACAGGUGUUGGGGGCAGUGGUAGCAACCUGGGCUCUGCCUGCCCCCACCCCCUUCUGCUGUCCCCACCAUCAUGGGCAGCGCUUACCACUGGGAGGCCCGUCGCAGGCAGAUGGCUUUGGACAGGAGGAGGUGGGUGAUGGCCCAGCAGCAGCAGCAGCAGCAGCAGCAGCAGCAGGAAGAGCAAGAGCAGGAACUGAAGGAACUCCAACAGGAGGAAUGCCAGUCUGAGGAAAAAACCCAGCCACCUCUGGAGUCUCAGCAGGAGCAGCAGUGGCCAUUGGGGCCUCCACCAGCGCAGCCACAGCCGCAGGGGACCCCAGUUGGAGCACAGCUGCCCCAGCGGCCACAGCUCGCAGAACAGUCCCAGAUCCUGCCUCCGCCGCCGCCACAGCCACCACCGUCGCCAAGGCCACAGAAUGCCCAAGAAGACUCUCUUACUCAGUGCACCUCCGCGCACAUUCUGCAGGAUUCCCAAAGGCCAGGUCCCCAGCUUAGCUCAGUGGGAGCCCAUCAAUUGCCAGGGCAAUCCGACUUUAACAAAUUCCUUCAAAACCCUGACUCUCCCCAGUACCUUUGGCCUUUACUUGAGGAUCUGUUCCUGUGGGUACCAUUGCAUCACUCUGGGGCUGCGAAGGAGGCUGCUGUCUUUUGCAGAGGGUGGUUGAGAAGUUGGACCCCUCCUCCAGGGUUUCAGGAAAUCAUUCCAAUCUAAUCCAGAUAAAUAUACUGAGCACUCACGAUUCACGUCAACGAAUUACACACAGCAAUGGUGAUCCAGAGAUAGACCCCCACCCCCACUGGCCACCAGCAAAAAAAUAACCCAGAUGAGGAGCCCCACACUUUCUCAUCCCUGGCAGCAUCUCCACUCCGAAGGCCCCUCCUGAUCCACUCUAGAAGAGGAGGCUAGCUGGGAAUAAAAUGUGAUGGCCUCCUGAAAAGAA